AUGCCUCGCUCAUCAAAGGCUCUUCAGCAGAAGCCGUCUUCUCUUACAGACGACCAAGGCUGGACGCACGUAAUUAGAGGAGCACACAACAUCCGCAAGCCGACCAAGACUCCAAGUCUCAAUGACAGUCCCAAUAUCUCGCCAGCCAAAGUUACAGAAGGCCAGCAGAGGUACGCUGCGCUUUGGUCAUCCUCCGCCUGCUGCCACCAGCUUCGUAUGAUAUUAGAACAGGAGAUUCCUCUGACUCACAACUUGCAAAUGGACAAAUGCGUUUGUCUUGGUCUAGGCAGCUUCACAGAUGGGCGAACAUCGUCAAAGCAUCAGUUGGCCACUCUGACGUGGAUGUUGGGUAUCCUGAGCCAGAAGCACACCUUCCAAGCCGUCCUCUUUCAAGACCCCGCCUUUACUGCGUCGGACGUUGCCUACCUUGAAAGCCUUGGUCACCAUGUGCUCGAGAGUCCUCUUGCCUUUGACCAGAUCGAUGAGAGCACUUUUCUGUUUGCACCCCAUUUAGAGGCCAACGUUUAUGCUGCCGCUCUCGAGAAGAAAGUGCCAGCGCUCGUCGUCGGGAGCAAUGUCACAGAGCUCAUUGGCCGACCUAUCUCUUCCGGUGUAGACGAGGCACAGCGAGUGCGGGAGAACAGUAUCUUUUGUUGCUUUAGUGAUCUGACGCUGUCCGAGCCAAUGCCUCAGUACGACAGAGACACUUGGUGCUACUACACCAACAUAUACCGGCGACAAGACAUGAGAUCGGAGAGAUCUUGUGACCAUAGUUAA